CCUGCGGUUCUGCCCGGCUCGUGCGGAGCCCUGGGAGCCUCCCCCGGAGCUGGAGAAGAGUUUUGUGUCUCUCGGCUCUGGGCAUGCGCAGAUGGCGGGGGAGGGAGAGUCCCGCAUGCGCAGAGGCAGCGCUCACCCGCUGCUGCUCCCUGGCGCUGCGGGGCCGGGCGGAGCAGGAGGGUCUGUGCCGGGGAGACCCAUUAACCCCCCGUGCCCGGCCCGCGCCCUGCUCCCGCUGGGGCCGCCCCGGGCUCUGCCCGCCCCGCUGCGGCGCUGCAGCCUCCAGGGGCCGGUGACUUUUGAGGAGGUAGCUGUGUAUUUCACCAGGGAAGAGUGGGCUCUGCUGGACCUCACUCAGAGAGCCCUGUACAGGGAUGUCAUACAGGAGAACUAUGAGACGGUGAUCUUUCUAGUAGGAUUUCCAAUUUCCAAACCUGAUGUGAUCUCGCAGCUGGAACAAGGGGAAGAGCCUUGGGUCCGAGACCUCCAGGGCUCUGAGAAAGAAGUGCUCCUGAGAGCUGCCUGCACAGGGAGUGACCUAUGUCUGGAUUCUCUCUGUCUCCCAUCAGGUGAUGGGAUGGUGAGUGAGAAUGAGGAGGAGAAAUCCUGUCAGGAAGGUGCUGAGCAAGUAGAGCCACAUGGAACGUUAUCAGGAAGAUCUAAAGGGAAUGUUUCCGGGAGUUGUGCACUCCAAGAAAAAGAAAAAGCCUGUGAGACUGAGGAGAGGCCAGAGGAAAACUUUAGUAGCCACUCAGACCUUAUAACACGCGACAGAAUCAACUUGGAAGAGGCACACUACACAUGCCAUGAGUGCGGGAAAAGCUUCAAUCGGAGCUCUGCCCUUAUCACACAUCGUAGAAUCCACACAGGAGAGAUGCCCUACAUAUGCUCUGAGUGUGGGAAAAGCUUCAGUUGGAGGUCACACCUUAUCACACAUCGUAGAAUCCACACAGGGGAGAAGCCCUACACAUGCUCUGUGUGUGGGAAAUGCUUCAAUCGGAGCUCACACCUUAUCACACAUCGUAGAAUCCACACAGGAGAGACGCCCUACAUGUGCUCUGAGUGUGGAAAAAGUUUCAAUCACAGCUCUACCCUUAUCACACAUCAGCGAAUCCACACUGGAGAGACGCCCUACACAUGCUCGGAGUGUGGGAAAAGCUUCAAACAGAGCUCAAACCUUAUCACACAUAGGAGAAUCCACAUGGGUGAGAAACCUUAUGGAUGCUCUGAGUGUGGGAAAUGCUUCAUUUGUCGUUCAGGCCUCAUCUUACAUCAGAGAAUCCACACCGGAGAGACGCCCUACACAUGCUCCGAGUGUGGGAAAAGCUUCAGUUGCAGCUCACACCUUUUCAGACAUCAGAGAAUCCACACAGGGGAGACACCCUACUCAUGCUCUGAGUGCGGGAAAAACUUCAAUCAGAGCUCAAACCUUAUCACACAUCGUAGAAUUCACACAGGAGAGACAUCCUACAGGUGCUCUGAGUGCGGGAAAAGCGUCAGUCACAGCUCUGCCCUGAUCACACAUCAGAGAAUCCACACAGGAGAGACGCCCUACACAUGCUCUGAGUGCAGGAAAAGCUUUAGUCGGAGCUCACACCUUAUCAGACAUCAUAGAAUCCACACAGGAGAGAAGCCCUACACGUGCUCUGAGUGUGGGAAAAGCUUCAAUCGGAGCUCACACCUUAUCACACAUCGUAGAAUCCACACAGGAGAGACGCCCUACACGUGCUCUGAGUGUGGAAAAAGUUUCAAUCACAGCUCAAACCUUAUCUCACAUAGGAGAAUCCACAUGGGAGAGAAACCCUAUACAUGCUCUGAAUGCAGGAAAAGCUUCAAUCAGCGCUCAAGCCUUAUUAGACAUCAGAAAAUCCACAUGAGAGAGAACUGUAAUAAAUCCCUUGACUAGGGCUGGCCAAAAAUUUUGUUUAAAAAAAUCACAUUUGCUAAUUCCCACAUAGUGAUUUUUGCACCAUGUUCACCAUGGUAUCUCAGCUCCACCAGAUGAGUUGCCUGCUUCUGCCUUUUGCAGCUCACCCUUCUUUGGGGUCAGUCCUGUGAUCUUUUCUAUCAACUCCUUUCCUUUUGAGUCGUAGGAGUGUGUGUCCCUCCAGCCAGGAAUGUUCAUCAGCUCCCGGAGGGGGAGAGAGAUUUGAUCCCAACAAGCUACACUGAGGCAAAAACUGCCCGUGCCUUACAUCCACUAGGACUGUACAUGGCGUUGGCUGCUCAAGUUAGUGAUCUUGGUGUAAAAAGACAAUUAUCGUUGUAGAGCAGAUGCAGCCCAGCUGCAGUGUUUGACAUUAACUUUCCCCUUGACCUGACCUAAACUCCAUCACUUUUCCUAGUCUAAACAAACCCUAACCAUCACGGUUAUACUGUUCCCCCAUUUUAAAGCAAUUGUUAAUCAUCAAGUUCCCUCUUCAGGAACAAAUUGUUUCAUUCCCAGUUGUUCUGAUGCUGCUUCAGGUUGUGCUGGAGAGCAGAUAUUUUUAUUACCAUUUUCCUCACUUAAAAUAUAUUGAACUAUAACAAAGUGCAGGAAGAGGGCAGGGAUAGGGAAAAAUGUCAUUUCACCCUCUGUAACAACAGAAGAAGAUAGAGUACGUCAGAGGGAUUCCCUUAUUCCCCAUCACCAUCCCAAUCCCCCUGUUGUUCAGUUUGUUAGGUCAAUAUUUUUUCUAAAGGGCUGGGAAGAGGAUUCCCUAGUAAAUGACUUGGAACUAAGCAAAAUACCCAUGCAUUGGGCUCCCAAAGCAGUUGUGGCACGGGCUCUGCAGGAGGUCGCUCUUGAAGAUAUCUCCUUCCUAAUCAGGUGCAUGUUGCCUAUUAUUUGGGAAAUGCAAUCCCUAUCUAGGUAGAGAUGGGGAAAAUGGAAGUGACAUUUCUGUUCAGCUCAUCGCUACUGAUAUGUUGUGUGGUUGGUGAAGAAUUCUAUGCCAGAGAAGUGUAAAAUUAUUCCAAGUAAGGUCAAAGAUUUGACAAGACCUCAGGUAGAAAUAGCCGGUACUAGUAGUUGAUUUUCACUCCAGAGAUGAACACUAUGUUGACCUAUGGCCCAGGAAGAGUAUUUUUAUAACACUGCUCCCUUGUUAAGUGGCAUUGAUCACACUCCUAAAGGAUGCCAUGAUUAAAUUGAGCACAACUGUCUUUUACCAUUUGGAUCCAAAGUUUCAUUAAUCACAGAGAGAAACAGCUGAUUCCUUCAGAGCCAUUCUAUGCCUGCUUGGAGCAAUGCUGAGCUGCUGGUCCUCAUCAGCAUUUGGGGAGAGGAGGCUGUCUAUUCCCAGCUGUGCUCCAGCUGUAGGAAUUAUGAUACCUAUGGACAGAUUUCAUGAUGCAUGAGAGAAAGGGGCCAUGACUGGGACACUCUGCAAUGCAGGAUCAAAGUGAAGGAGCUGUGGAACUCCUACUCCAUUUCGCAGGAGGCAAACUGCCACUCUGGUGCUGCACCCACAAGCUCCCGGUUCUACAAAAAGCUGGAUGCGAUACUCGGUGGUGACCCCACCUCCACUGCAAAGGCCACUGUGGAUACUUCGGUGGCUCACAUGCCAGUCGAGAGUGGACCGAGCCAGGAGCAGGAAAUCUUGGAUGAGGCUGUAGAGGCAGAGGGAGACCCAGAGGCAGAGGGUGAGUCGGAGGUCAGGGAUGCAUGCAGCCAGGAGUUCUCCUCUACCCCAGAGGAGGCUAGACAGUCACAGCUGUCGGAGCUUGGCCAAGUGGAAACAGGAGAGGAAGCCCCUGAUAUGACCUUGGGAUCCCAGCCUCUCUCUUUGUUACUGCCGGCUGAACAGCUGUGCAGAAUUAGAAAGCGGCCAUGAAGAACUAAAGAGAACUUUUCUGCAUGAUGUCAUGAUGCACCCUGUUGCUGAAAAACACAGACCGAAAGGAGAACACGGUGCACCAGAAUGAAGCCAUGGAACGGCUCUUAAAUGUUAUGGAGUGCCAAGCAGACAUGCUCCAGGCGCUACUAGCACUGCAAACCAAGCAGCUCCAUGACCGCCCUCCCCGGCAUCUGCUGUCACAAAACUCUUUCCCCCAGACAGUGCCAACACACUCUUAGCAACCUCCUGGCUCCAGUCUGUAAGCCGCUGCAUUCCACUCCUGCCCCAUCACAGUCCAACCCUGUGGACGCUCAGUACCCAGUGCACUCAACACCUGUCCCUCUGUAGUUUAUUCCUGCUGAAGUACAGUACCCGCUGCUGUGUACUCCAAAGGAUAAGGUUGCAUAUGAUACCCGGAUAUACACAACUCUUUAACCGUCAUUGGACCCCACCUCCUCAUGGGACCCUCCCUUCCACCAUCCCCCAUCCCCCACAGUGCUGAUGUGCUUUUUUUUCUCUCCUCCGGUGGUUGCUUUUUAAUAAAAGAAUAGUUUUGGUUUGAAAGCAAUCGUCAUUCCAUUAAUUGAAAGCAAACAGAGCCUUGCAAAGAAACACGCAAUUCUCUUAAACCUUUGUGAUGCAUCAUCUGCACCAAUCACAAUCAUCUCUUAGCAUUACAAGCACUGCAGUCCCAUGUAUAGCAAUAAAUAUUAGUGGCUUUCAGCUUCAAAUUGCUGCCUCAAGGCAUCCCUGAUCCUAUUGACCCACGCUUCACCCCUCUAAUAGCCCAGGUCUCUGGCUGUUGAAAUUCAGCUUCCAGGUGCUGAGCCUCAGCUGUCCAGCCCUGAGUGAAGCUUUAACCCUUCCUUUCACAAAUAUUAUGGGGUGUAUAGCACACGGCUAUAAGCAUAGUAAUAUUGUCAUCAGCCAGGUCCAGCCUUAAACAUAGGCAGCGCCGGCGGGCCUUUAAACUGCCAAAAGCACACUCAAUCAUUCUGCACUUGCUCAGCCUGUUGUUGAACUGCUCCUUGCUGCUGUCAAGAUGCCCCGUGUAUGGCUUCAUAAGCUACGGAAUUAAGGAGUAAGCAGGGUCUCCCAGUUUCACAAUAGGCAUUUUGACUUCCCCUACAGUGAACUUCUGGUCCGGGAAGAAAGUCCCUGCUUUCUGCUUCCUGAAUAGGCCAGUGUUCUGAAAGAUGCGUGUGUCAUGCCCAUUUCUGGAUCACUCUGUGUUAAUGUCCGUGAAAUGCCCACGGUCAUCAAGUGCCUGGAGAACCAUAGAAAAAUACCGUUUGUGAUUAAUGUACUCGGUGGCUAGGUAGUCAAGUGCCAGAAUUGGAAUAUACAUGCCAUCUAUCACCCUCCGCAGUUAAGGAAGCCCAUUUGUGCAAAGCCAUGAACAAUGUCACACACGUUUCCCAGAGUCUCAGUCUUUCAGACCAGGGUGCAAUUAAUGGCCCUGCACAUUUGUCAACACUUGUCCAAUGGAUGACUUUCGUACUCUGAACUGGUUAGAGACUGAUUGGUAGCAAUCUGGAGUAGCCAGCUUCCACAGUGCAAUUGCCAUGUGCUUCUCCAAUGAGAGGGCAGCUCUCAUUCUCGUGUCCUUGCACCGCAGGGCUGGGGCGAGCUCAUAACACAGUCCCAUGAAUGUGGCUUUCCUCAUCCGAAAGCUCUGCAGCCACUGCUCAUCAUUCCAGAUGUGCAUCACGAUGUGAUCCCACCACUCGGUGCUUGUUUCCUGAACCCAAAAGUGGUGUUCCACUGUGGUCAGCACCUCCAUUAAUGCCACAAGCAAUCCCAUGUCAUAGCUACUACUCAUGGCAAAAUCAAUGUUGAACUCCUCUUGUCUUUGUAGUUUAAGUAAUAUCUCCACUGCCACUCGUGAUGUCUUAGUAAGUGCAGACCCAUUCCUACAGACCAAAUAGGCAGAGUGCGCAGUACACAAAUUAUUGAAUGAUGGCGCCAAAUGCAGAUGGAAGCACAGGGAUUGCUGAGAUGUGAAGCAAUGCAUAACAUGGCAUUCACGGAGUGCUGACCACAGUGGAAUGCCACUUUUGGGCUUAGGAAACACCUCCCUCCACCUUCCCAAAACUCUUAGUGGCAGAAAAGGAAGUGAUGUUCAGUGGGAUACCUGCCCAGAGUGCAGCACUCCAAGUACCACUAGUGUGAACAUGCUAUUGCACAGGCAGCUGACAGUGUGAACACACAAUAGCGGUUUCCCUUCAGCGCUCUCUGAGCCGCACUGUAACUCCCAGUGCUAUAGCUCUGUCAGUGUGGACGUAGCCUCAGAGAGACUGACUGCCAGGAUCUCAGGACUGAUCCCCUCUGGGGAAUGAAACACAAAGGCGACAGUCUAUGCAGCCUUCACAAGUCUCCCUGUACCUGAAAAGCCUGCUAGCCCAAAGUGCUGGACCAUCUAUGCCAUUACCUGGUUCCUAAACUGCGACUACAGUUCCUACUCCAGGUGAAUCCAAAGACCGAGAGGUGCAGAGACCCAACCCCUUAUAAUCUUAGGAACAUUUUGUUCCUUUUUCUAUUUUGUGUCUGUUUCUUUUUCUUAACUUGGAGACCUCCCAGCCUUUCUAUUAGAUUGUGUGUAACAGUGUGGCUCAGUGUGUGUGUGUGUCUGGGAACACCUCUGAAAUCUACAAAAGGGACGAUGCUCAGAAGAAUAGUUCCCCAAAUCUUAAUAGCCUUAAAACUCUGCUCUAUGAAAUGACUGAACGCAUGCUCCUCACCUAUGGAAGCAUUGCAAGGAAUUGAGGUCUCAGAUAUGUAUUGUUCAGUGAGAGCUGUUUGAACUUCUUUUACUAAUGUCUUUCUAAGGUCUGUAUGUGCUUUGGGGUGAGAGGACAGGAGAAGUAUUAGCUACACAAUAGUGAAAUCUAAGGAGAAAACUGUAAUUGGCUUUGAGAUUGUAGACUAAAUGUAAGCAAUAAUUUGGUUUUGGUAUUGAAAUAUUCAGCUGGGUAAAUCUGGGAUGCACUGCCUGGGUAAAAAUCUCUGAUUGGGGUUUUGGCAUCACUAAAUAUGCACCUGCCUUCUUGGGUUGCUCUUUUAGAAUUUAUAAGGGUUGAUUUUCUGCUGUGUUAAUCUGAUGGUUUGAUUAAAUUGAUGACUUGAUUCCAAUGCAAUAGCCAUGUUAAAUCAUUGAUUUACUGAUUUGACCUGAACUUUAUCACUGUAUUGUUUAACCCUUAGCUGAGUGAUGUCUAUAAUCAUUUAGCCUUAGUGAUGUGGUGCUCUUGGCUUUUAUUUGUUCAUGUUAAUAAAACAUGUAACUGGGA